CCCACAAGAUGUCAAGGUCUUCAUUGAAAUCGAUGGACGAACAACAAUCUAGAUAUACAUCAUCUAACGUGGUGAAGUGGUUAAGGUUUUGGAGUAAAACUGAGAAGGAUCAAAUUCGAAUCUAUUUUUGACCAUGGAAACUCACAGAUGUCUUUCUGUCAGUUACACACUCUAUGUUGCUGAAGGUACCACACAGGGUUACUGCAGGGAUAAAAAAGGGGAUGGUAUACAGUACAUCCAGCAACAGAUAUAAAAAUGCAAUACAUUUAUAAGAUAGGAACAGAAGAAUAUGGUAGGAUCUUUGAGGAUGCUUCUGAGAAAGUUUUUCUCCUGAACCUCUAGACUCAAAGGUUCUAUUUUUGAUACCCAACGAUGGAAGCACCACUGCAGCUCUAUCAUUCCUUCUCAAUCUUCUGAACAGAUAGAUCCAAAGGCCAAGACUUUUGAAACAAACCAGUUGCUCAUUAAAAAGACUUCCCCAUUAUACUACUAAAAUCAUCUGGAUUUAUUUAGCAUGUCUCAGUUUGUAUAAUAUCUCUCAAGAAAGUUUGUUGAUGAAGAUUCUCGGUCAUCAAAGUAGAGUUGCUUGGAAGUUGAAUCAGUCUGGAGGAGCUACUUGGAUAAGCAGGGAAAUAUUUCAAACUAACAAAGAAAAGAAAUCCAAUUGGCAUGACUCAACUUCCAGAUUCAAGAAAGGCUUUUAAAGAGAAAAGAUCAGUUGUGUUUACCAGCUUUUACCACCCUUUUGGAAGGGUGUCCAAAUCCUUUCUUCUCAUUAUGACUUAGAUAAGACCACAAUUAUAGUCAGCGUGAGACAGUUAGGAAUGUGAUUGCCUGGGGCAAAUGCGUCAAAGAUGGAGAAGUGAGAUAUUUAUAAGGCAAGGAAGCACAUUAUCCCACACCAAAGAAGAUCUCAGAGGAUCCACUUUCAUCUUUGACCACCAGUUCAGAGCUCCUUCUUGGUCUCCAGAUUGUGACAAAAUGCAGAAGACUAGGAUGCUAAUUUCAAGUUUCUUCCUGCUGCUCUUCUCUUUAUCAAUCUGCUUUGCCCAACAUUGGUCAUAUGGCUUCCAACCUGGUGGGAAGAGAGACGUGGAAAACCUAAGGGAUUCCUUCCAAGAGAUUGAAAAUGAGGUGGGCAAAGUUGGGGAGAUGCAGCCCUUUGAAUGCAAUGUGCCACGCCAGCAUUUCACACUUAGAGGACUGAAAAGUGUUCGUACAGGCAAGUCUAACUGAAGGAGAGAAGGGACAAAAGAAGAUCGAAAGCUACCUGAAUCGAAAUGAAAAAUAAAGCAGAAUGGAGCUUUUGCAAAGCAUUUAACUGCAACAUCUGACUUAUGUAUGCUGUAAACCAAACUAAGAGGGAAAAAAAAAUCUAGUUUGCCAUUGUGUUAUUAAGCUUCAAAUAAAAUUUCCUUAAGCUA